CGACGAUUAGCAAAACCCUCGAACUGUCCAUGCAACUGAUCAGACCAUAAGCUUGAGGCUAUCGCCAGUCCCAGGCUUUGAUGUCAGAGCCUGAGUUCGAUGGUGUAGACGGCGCCCUUGACAAUCAGUCGAUCUCGAGAAGGUCACCUGGUGUGUGCUGCGGCCAAACAUUUGCUCAAGGCAUGGCAUACUACCGUUGUGAUGAGGCAACGCUGGUCUCGACUGUGACCUGACAGGGUCAGAUCAAAUCUCAUGAUCAAGUCCAAGACACCUCAGUCGGCUCCUCCAAAAAGGGGGAUGCACCGACAUCUUCACCAUAGAUACUCCAUCUCUAACGUUAGGCCUGAACGCCGCCCAGAUGCAUCAGAAUCGACGCUGUCCCCGACGCUCUCGGCACCAUCCAUCUCAGGCGGUGCAGCAAUAUAAUGAUUGGAUUCGUUCCGCGCAAGAUACGCCAGAGCCGAAGCCGACGCAAACCUCCUUUUUCCUCCCCAAGACAAGGGAUGCCAUCAGACCCCGCGUUUUUGCUCGUCCAGCACCGCAUUCUACACGGUACUUUCCUUCCUUCCUGAGCUUAGUCCAGGUAUCAUCGGCUCAUGUACGCGAACAAACUCAGAUAGGCAGCGGGCAGUCCUCACCGCGGCAACACUU